CCGGUUGUCUGCAGACGAUGUUUGCUGGAGAGUUGGAGAGUGUGGAGACUAAAUUCGAAAGUGUGAACUGUGUGAAUCUAUUCAUAAAAUGCUGUCAAAAGUUGGAAGAAGCAUCAUCUCACGAGCAAAUAGUGCUCGCCAAGUUAGCGGAGCACUCUCAACUUCCUCCCAACAUUCACCUGACAGAACAACUUCAACCAGUGUUGCUUCCUUGGCCUGGUCUGACUACUGGGACCUCACUGUGAGAUUUCUGAGUCCUCUUUGGCAAGAUAGCACUUCAGCUACUGAGAAUCUUGCAAACAAGAAUGGCUCAUCUCAACCUCAAAAGCAGCAGCAACGUAACAGCAGCACGGCAUCUGAGGCCACGUUUGACACUCGGCCAUACAAACUGCACAAGCUGGAGGAAGCUCCCAGCAGCACUGCUACAUGUUCAAGAGAUGAAGCACUUCUCUAUUAUCGCCAAAUGCAAAUCAUCCGAAGGAUAGAAUCUGCUGCUGGAAACCUCUACAAAGAGAAGGCAGUGCGAGGUUUCUGCCAUCUUUACAGCGGACAGGAGGCCAUCUGCGUUGGCAUGGUUGGUGUGCUGCGUCCCCAAGACUCCAUCAUCACCGCUUACAGAGAUCAUGGCUGGGCCUACGUCAUGGGUUGUUCUGUUACCAGUAAGUUAUUUCAUUGAAGAGAUGGUUUCUUGAAAGCAACCUGGAGUUUUCUUCACAUUUUGUACUCAAAUCUUUACUCAUCUCUCACAUUACUUCUUGAAUCACUGUCGUCUUGAAGGGUCCCAGUUGGGGCUGGCGUUGCUCUGGCAAACCAAUACCUCGGUAAUGGAGGAAUAUGCGUUGCACUGUACGGCGAUGGGGCGGCCAACCAGGGGCAGAUCUUCGAGGCUUACAACAUCUCCAAACUGUGGAACUUGCCGGCGGUGUUUGUGUGCGAGAACAACGGAUAUGGCAUGGGCACCAGCGUCGACAGGGCUUCUGCCAGCGUCAAUUAUUACACUCGUGGUGACUACAUACCCGGCAUUUGGGUUGACGGGAUGGACGUGCUGAGCGUGCGGGAGGCGCUGCGCUACUGUCAGGACUACUGCACCAAGAACGGCCCGCUGGUGCUUGAGAUCGCCACCUACCGCUACUCCGGCCACUCAAUGUCUGAUCCUGGCACCUCGUACAGAACUCGAGAGGAGAUCCAAGAGGUGCGUCAGACGCGCGAUCCCAUCAUGUUGUGGCGGGAGAAGAUCGUUCAGGCGUCGCUCGCCACAGCAGAGGAGCUCAAGAAAAUCGAUGGGGAGGUGCGCAAGGAGGUGGACGAAGCAGUGAAGGUGAGCAAGAGCGACAAGGAGGUCCCCCUGCAGGAGCUUGCUGCUGACGUCUACUAUGAGCCUCUGGAGACUGAGAUACGCGGCACCACGCCCUUCAGACCCUACAAACACCAGCGCCUCGCGCAGCCCUUCAAUGCCCACUAGGACUUUCAUGUCCUCUGGAGACUGAGAUACGUGGCACCACGCCCUUCAGACCCCACAAACACCAGCGCCUCGCGCGGCAUUUCAACGUCCGUAGUAGGCCUUUUCAAAUCCCCUGCCAUCAGUAGCCAGCACUUAUGACAUAGCACUUGUUUCUUCGUUCCCCUGACAAAAAAAUGAUCCAGCAUUUCAAUACGUGGAGACAAAUUUUCGUUGAAUAUUAUGCCGAUCUUCAGGUCAAAUAUUUUUGCUAAGUCUUUUUUGAUUAAUUAUUAGCUGUAGUCGGCAAGCAUUUCAUAGGUUGAGUACUGGCACAAAGCGAAUGAUGCGUUUUAAAUCUCUUACUCUAUUUGUUUAUUGUAGUCUUUCAUCUUAUACUCCAUUGCCGCAUUAAAUGGUGUAUUUAUGACCAAAUUGCCCUGUAUACCCUGUUGAUCUUUAUCAUAAAAAUAUUCUGCUGAAAUACAUGUACGUUACAUUGAAUUAUCUGUUUGAGAUCAGCCCUGCCAGACUUUCGCAAAACGUUUUGUCUGCACAAGUAGUAUAUAUACAGGCUAUUCCUGGUGCAGUUACGGAGUGCAGCUUUUCUAGUGAUGCCAUAAUGUAAAUAUGAAAGGAGUUGCGUGUUCUCUAUACAAAUAUUGUUGAAAGUAGGAGCAGUUUCCCAGUUUUUAUUUUAUGUUUUUCAUGUGACCUGAUGUCAUUUGGACUGAAGCUUUGCAAGUUGUUUGUAUACUAUGCAAACAAAAGAUGUUAAAGUUUUUGUUUUGCUGUGAGUUGCGCAAUGUUUGUUUGUUGCAAUAUUAUUUUUUGUCGCGUAUGCUUUUCUCCUGGACUAAAUACUUGAUUGUUUUCAUUGUUCCGGAGCGUAGGUGAAUUAGUUUGUUUUACAAUCUUGAUUUGAGAUGCCAACUCAUCUGUAAACUAUAAACUCUCGUCUCUCGACGAUCUGAUUUAAUUUAUUUCUCUGAUGGAUAUUUUCAUUAUGGUUUAAAGUUUAUUCUAUUUCUCAGCAAUUUUCGUCGUUGAGAUUGGUUCUUCUAUUGCCUCACAAUUUUCAGAACAUUGCCGUAAUUUUUUCCUGGAGGGUUGCUUACAUAUUUGAUACUGAACUGCUCCUUUUCUAUUCUUUUGAUUGUGAUGUUCUGGAAUCUCGUUAUAAUUUCUUUGUUCUUUACUGCACAGAAUCUAAUAAAAAUGAAAAAUUUA